GCCGUUCCCCACCUCGUCUAGCUGGCUAGCUUGGCUAGCUUCACGUACUUAAAUAGGUUAUCUGACGUAUGUCAAGCUUCUUGUCAACGAAAUUUAUUAUUUAAUCCGAGUGAGAGAGCGGGAGUCGUCUUGCGAAUCGUGACGUAUUCAGGAACGGUCUGUCCGUGCGCACCGGAUCGAUUGACGAGUCGGCCAAACAUGCGGUGGCAGUGAUGCGUUUAAAGGGGAAAAAUAACACAAAGUCGUUCUACAGCGUCUACAGGGUGCUUUCUCGUUUAUGCCGAUCUGUGGAUAAAGGACACCUUGAUGGUUUCAUGGCGGAUGGUGUGGCACCGACCCUGAAAAAUGGCCACAAUUCUAAUAUGGACUUUGCUAAUCAACCGGUGAAGCCGUCGACCGAUGUGUCCAGCGUCGUUUACGCGGUGGGUCACUAUCCCCCGAAGCUUCUGCACAAUCUCAACGCACAGAGGCGGGAGAACAAGUUCAGCGAUGUGGGAUUGGUGGCCGGUGACACGAUCAUUAGAGCACACAGAUCGGUUCUGGCCGCCGGUAGCGCCUACUUCAACGCCAUGUUCACUGUCGGCCUGGUCGAGGAGCAGCAGGAGCUCGUGGAGAUCCACUCGGUUUCCCCUCACAUUCUUUCGCAACUGGUGGACUUCAUCUACAGUGGCAACGUAGACAUCACGCAGGAUAAUGUACAGGAGUUAUUCGCUGCCGCUGACAUGCUAGAGUUAGACGACGUAGUAGCUGGCUGUAUCAAUUAUCUCAAGCAGCAGCUGCACUAUUCUAAUGCCCUUGGAAUUUACAGAUUUGCAGAAGUACAUAACAGACUGGAUCUUUUGGAGACUGCCCUACGCUUUAUAGAAGCCAAUUUUCCUCAAGUCUGUCAGGAGGAGGAAUUUCUGGACUUGCCCAAGGAGCAUCUUGUUCAGUUUCUUAGUAGCGAUUACAUUCACAUCGAUACCGAAUGCCAGGUCUUCCAGGCCGCGUACAAUUGGAUCGUUCACGACAUCCCCGCGCGGAGAUGCUACGUAUUCGAGAUCCUCAGCCACGUACGCUUGCGACUGUGUUCAUUAGCAAGACUAGAGCGUAUUAUUCUAGACUGCAAGGACGCGAGUCUCAUCGUCGCGCUGCGAUCUAUUCAAAAGGAUCUAGUCUCGAACAAAGGUUGCCUGGUACCUCUUCACGCCCAACCCCGGAUCUGUGCCAGGAAGAACAUCCUAGUGAUCGGCGGAUCCAAGCGGGAGCACUCCGCGGACAGCUGGGGCAGAACUGCCGAGAGUACUUACGAAACCAUCGAGAAAUACGACAUAUUCACCGGAGAAUGGAGCGAAGUUGCUCCGAUCAGCAUAGGACGCAUUCUACCUGGAGUGGCUUUGUUGGACGGCAAGGUAUACGUCAUCGGUGGCGAGCUGGAAUCCUGCAUAAUCGCCAAUUGCGAGUGCUACGAUCCUCGCGACAACGUGUGGACCCCCAUCGCUUGUAUGGAAGAGCCCAGAUGCGAUUUCGGUCUUUGUGCCUUGGAUAACAGCUUGUACGCGUUCGGCGGAUGGGUGGGCGAGGAUAUCGGCGGCUCCAUCGAGAUAUACGAUCCGAUCAGCAACACGUGGACUCUCGAGGGCUACCUCCCGGAGCCACGGUUCAGCAUGGGCGUCGUGGCGUACGAAGGACUAAUUUACAUCGUGGGUGGUUGUACACACAAUAGUCGUCACCGUCAGGAUGUGAUGAGCUACAAUCCUGUGACUAGAGAGUGGAAUUACCUCGCCCCGAUGAUCACACCACGCUCGCAAAUGGGAAUCACGAUUCUCGAUGGAUACAUGUACGUCGUUGGUGGCACCAGUAAAAACCAGGAGGUUUUGACAUCGGUCGAAAGAUAUUCUUUCGAGAAGAACAAGUGGAGCGCCGUCGCUCCCAUGAGCAUGGGUAGAUUUUAUCCGGCGGUCGCGGCGGCCGACAGUCGGCUGUACGUCAUAGGUGGCGAUCAAUCGCAGGAGAUCAACUUCUACCGCACGCAGAUCACAAUCUCCACCGUCGAGUGUUACGAUCCGCACACGAACAAGUGGCACGAGUGCGCCUCCUUGCCGUCGAGCAGAGGCGAAGCGACGGCGAUCGUUACGCCCUUCUGAUUGCUAUUUUGCAGAGAUCUGUUUGCCGUUUGACGUAUUGGUUUACGCCUUUUUACCUCUUAUUUUCCUUUUCUCGACGUUUGCUCUGCAUUGCUCAGCUUUACCAAGAGCAUUGCACCCGUUAGAUAGAUAGAUAGAUAGUCAGUUGCACUGUGCUAAAGAAGUUGUAGCUUUAUUAAUUUCUAAAUAUUCCACCAGCAUUUUUUAAAUACUUUUAAUACUUUUACGUAGGAAAACGUGAUAUAUUUUGAAAAAUUGUAUUCUCACUGAAAAAGAUUAUUAUUUCUUAUAUUAUAGAUAUACACGGCGUAAUCAUUAACUGAUAAAGGAACUACCAGGUUGAAGAACCUAAGACAGAGAUCGGAGAAAAGAUGUAACGAAUAUAAGUUUUGAUGUAUCUAAGAUUUAAAACAGCCAAGCUCUAAGAAACAUGAUAUACAAGAAUCCAAUUUUACAAUUGAACAAAGAGCUUCAAUUUAAGAUUAAGUCAAAACUUUAAUUGCAAUUUUAACUCGAUUCAUGUAGAAUCUGAAGAAUUUACAAUCCGAAUCGCGGAAUUAAGUCUAAAAUUUAAUUCAAUUGAAAUCCUAAGGAUCUUAAAAUUUACUAACAACUCAAAGAUUAUAUGGAAAAUCUACAAUAUAUAUGUUGAUCGUUUUUAUUAUCGUGAUUUAUUUGUUGCAUGACAUGCAAAUGAAUUAAACAUUGUUAUUGGGAACUGUAGAUCGGAUCCAAUAUAUUUUUUCUAUUAUUUAUUCUUAUUAUUUUACCAAAUUAUAAUGCGCAAACAGAUUUGAAAAAAAACCCGAAUAAUGAUAACGUACAACGUGCAGAAAUAUUUGAAUACUUUUAUUAAUUAACGACAAGUAUUAACUAUAUUUUAUUAAUUAACGAGUAUUAACUAUGUAUGCUAGGAAGGACUGAGCCUCUUUAUAUAUAUAUAAUAUAGUCACAUACCAAAGUUAUCGUAAUUUUUAAUCGUAUCGCUACAAGCUAACAGAUCCGUUAUGUGUGUAAGGGACUGUAUAAGACGAAUCCAAAGAUAAUUUAUCCUUGGAGCAAAUGGAAUAAGGGUCUAAGGGUAUAAGGAUCUUUAAAAGUCGAAAAAUUACAGAAUCAAAGGGACUCGACAAAAUUGGAAUAUACAUGCGUAAAUAUCAGAUCUUAAAAUUCAAAGAAAAAUAAAAGUGUAAAAUUAAAAAGAUAUGACAGAUCUUAUACGAAAAUCGUGACCUCUAUUGCUUUAAAAUUUUCAAGUUGAGAGCCCGAGAAGAAUUAAUCGGCACCUAGAAAUUGUAGAUAUCGUAACCUAAGUCUAAAUAUCCAAAGAAUGUAAAAGCACGUCUCGAGACUCCAUCGAUCGAAAAGUUCUUGGAGCCUUAGCCCGUGACGUUUUUGGAACUUUGCAUCCAAAAGUCCAGAGAUUUCAGAGUACCUUAUUGUAAUAAAAAUAACGAGAUGUUUCUUAAUUAGCGUGUGUGCGAAGCCGCGCGUCCAAUGUUUUGUAAAGUUUAAGGCCACAUUUUAUAAAAACAAUCUUAAGAAUCGAAGAGUCGCCGCCGUUCUCUGUAAUUAGUCGUUGAUGUAACACACAAUCCAAUUCGCCUUUGUUCAAAGGUGUUCGAUGCUCACGUACACGUGAGCAUUCGCGGAAUGAUAUUCGAUUAUUCUCAAAUUUUUCGGUACAGGGUAAAUAUGGAUGAAGAUGACCUGAAUUGAACAUCCCUACUAAUCGUCUACUGAUUAAUUAACCAAGUUCUUGAACUUGUUAAUUAAUUUCAACUUUUUUUUUCGUUGUAAGAUAGAAAGAAAUAAGAUAAUCGCUUAAUCAUUUUGCAUUUCUUUUUUAAUGUAAGUUUAUAAAUCCGUAGGUUGCUAAAUCUGUUGGCCUAAUAUAUAAAUAAGUAACGAAAAAACUUAAUGAUAACGCGUGCGGAUUUUAUAUUUAUGAAUCUAGCAAUUGUGAAUAGAUAUAUUUCUAAAUACACGUAUUUUAAAAGAUAUAUAGAUUUGAGAUCCUAUAUAAUGACACAUUUGUAAUCUUAUCUGAUUCUAGAUUUCUUACAAAGUGAUAUUGAACUGUUUUAACAAACAGUAAGCACUCUUAUAAUAAAAAAAAACUUAUUAUUUCUUCAAGAAAGCUUUAAAAGUUUGUAGAUAUCUCGAAUAUUCAUGAAUUUACAGAUUUAUUUAGAUAUAUGAAUAGAAAAUUUAAUAAUUAAUGAAUCCAGUGAAUCUAGCAAUCUAUGGAUUUACGGGUACAGUAAUAUAUGGUGUACGUAUGUAUAAAUGUAUAAAAUUAAUUUUCUACAAUUAGUUUAUAUAUUUGUUAAUAUUAGUCUUCUAUCUUUUUCUCUAUCUUCGAAAAACUUUAAAAGUAAUUGAAACAAUGGGCAUCUCCAACAUGUUUAUCCCUCUCAAGUAAAAGUCAUUAAAAGAAAGUUAGAGAAUAUGAAAUGAUAUACAACAAUUUAUGUAUAUUUGUGAUCAAUCAAUAAAAAUUGCUGAAACAAAA